AUGCUUCAGCUAAAAGAAAUCAUUAAUGAUUACUUGCGAUGUGUGGUGGGAAAUGGGUUAACUGCUUCCUUCUGGUUUGAUUAUUGGAAUGAUUUGGGCCCUCUUAUCUCAAUGUUUGGUGUCUCGGGUCCCCGCCAGCUUCGUAUUCCAUUAUCGAGUCAUGUCAUUCAGGGCACAAGGCAUGGUGCAUGGCAUCUUCCCGCAGCGAGAUCUGAUCUAUCUGAGACCCUUCAAACGGUUCUCUGUACUAUCUCCCCUCCGUCUUCUGAUAAAUGCAGUGACUUAUACCUUUGGCAGAAUGCGGCAGGAGGUUUUGGUCCUUCUUUUUCUUCAAAGGUUGCCUGGGAUCACAUUCGUGAAUCAUCUCCGACGGUGCCUUGGCAUAAAAUUAUCUGGUUCAAGGAGGAAAUUCCUAGGUGCUCCUUCAUUGCUUGGCUCGCUAUGCUUGUUCGCCUUCCUACAAAAGAUCGUCUCUUACGAUGGGGAAUGAGUGUGCCAGGCCAAUGUCUUCUCUGUAAUUCCGAACAGGAGUCUCAUGAGCAUAUUUUCUUCAGAUGCACAUACUCUUCCGAGCUUUGGUCUCGUUUUGCAGGCUCCCUCUGGCCAAAUCCUCCAACGUCUUAUCAGCUGGUCCCCGCUUGGAUUGGUCAAAGGACUUCCGGUAACUCCCGCCGGCUUCAGGUUAUAGCCAAGCUCAUGUUUCAAUGCAUCAUCUACUCCCUGUGGAAGGAGCGGAAUGCGUGUGUCUUCUCCUCUGUUUCUUCUCCGGUGCUAGUGUUGCGAUCCACUGUCGACCGAAUGAUAAGGGAUCAGCUCCUCGCGUUUCCGGCCAGGAGUCUCUCUUAUCCCUCGCUGCUCGAGCUUUAUUUCCAACAUUUAGGAUCUCUUAGCUAA